AUGGAUGAGCUUACUAGGCGACAUGCUGGACGGCAUGGGACUGAUUCACCCAACAACUCGGAGGUGCUGUCGGUGCUCUGCGGGCGGCGCAAUGCCACGGUGCUCCGGGGGCCGUCCACGUCGACGUUCAAGGGUCCAGGCCCGCUGUGGCGUUGCCCCCCGACUUUUGUGUGCCUGACAGAAUCAGUACAAGUAGAGAGAGCCUGGAUUGGAGUCGGCAACUCCAGGGACCCCGAAGGUCGCGGAGGCGGUGCCUGGGCGAUCUAA